AUGAUUGCAACCCAAUCAGAAGAAAAACUUGGCAUAACCAUCCCAAAGCCAUUGGUCUUUCAUUUCACUAAGGAGGAAAGUAUGAAUGCCCCCGGUGAUUUGAGGACCUUAAUAGUUCAGAUACCAAGCCCUUUUUCAUAUAAAGACAACAAAGCCGUACCUUGGAACUAUAAUGUAGAGGUACAUCUAGCUAAACAGAAGAACAAAGAUGUUUCUAGCUCUAAAACCACCGCUGUCACAAACGUUUCAGGAAUAGGACGAAUGACUAGAAAUGAUCGGAUAUGCUCCCCAGGAAAAUCACAAAGAGAAAUGAGGGUGGUAUUUGAGAAGGCAUACACAGAUAAAGAAGAAAAGAAAGUCGAAAAUGAGAAAGUGGAAAAUGAGGUUUCUAAUGAAGAAGCUCAGGAAUUUCUCAAAAUCAUCAAACAGAGUGAAUACAAAAUAGUCGACCAACUCAACCAUACUCCUACAAGGAUUUCAUUGUUAUCCCUAUUGAUGAAUUCUGAGUCCCACUGGAAGCUAUUGAUGAAAAUACUAAAUGAGGCUCAUGUGACUCACGACAUCACCGUGGACAAAUUUAGAGGCAUCAUAAAUAACAUCACAACCAACAAUCACCUAACUUUCACAGAUGAUGAGCUGCUGACCGAAGGGAGAGGGCAUAAUAAAGCACUACACAUAUCAGUAAUGUACCUCGACCAUAUAAUGUCAAGAGUCCUCAUUGACAAUGGCUCCUCGCUGAAUGUCAUAUCAAAAUCAACAUUAGCAAAACUACCUUGUGAUGGUACAUAUAUGAGACCAAGUCCCAAGGUUGUUAGAGCUUUCGACGGGAGUCGCAGAGAAAUAAUGGGGGAAAUCGAUCUCCCAGUUCAAAUAGGCCCGGUCACAUUUGAAAUCACGUUUCACGUGAUGGAUAUUGUACCCGCUUAUAGUUGCUUAUUGGGGAGGCCAUGGAUCCAUUCUGUCGGCGUAGUGCCGUCAACCUUACACCAAAAGCUGAAGUAUAUGAUAAAUGACCAAUUGGUAAUCGUAUCAGGAGAAGGAGACUUGUUGGUGAGUAAUUUGUCCACCACACCUUAUGUUGAGACAACAGAAGACGCUCUAGAAACUACCUUCCAAACACUAGAAAUCGUGGACACCGCUUAUGUCGAGACGAUACCUAUAGAACCACAUAUGUCAAACACAGCUAUUAUGGUGGCUAAGUUCAUGUUGAGCAGAGGACACCAUCCGUGGCACGGGUUGGGGAAGGAUGAAGAAGGGCUCAAAGAAUCGGUGGAACUUCCUGAAAAUAGAGAUAAGUGGGGUUUAGGUUACAAACCCACCAGGGAUGACAAACGGAGAUUGGUCAAAGAGAAAAAAGAAAAAAGAUUAGCUCGAAUUGAAAAUCGAGAGCCAAGAAUCGAAAGGAUUCCCAUCUGUGACAUCCGACAGAGUUUCCAAAGUGCAAGACCAACAAGUGAAAUCCAUAUUGCGGCAGCUGAAGAUGACAUGUUUGAUGGGGAAGCUAAUUGGAUUCGCCCGUGUGGUGUAGGGGUAGAAAUCAGGAAUUGGAAAGUAGUCAAGUCACAUAUGAUAUUUAAUGCAAUUCCUAUAUUUGGGAAUAGUUCAUUCACAGACGAUUGUACUAAGAUCUCGUUGCAUAAUCUUAACCAUCUUGUUAGUCAAACAGAAAAAGAUAAUGAAGAAGAUUAUGAACCCCCUCUAGAUUUGUUAAAAGCGGUAGAACGGGAAGCUCAGGGUAUCAUGCCCUUUGAGGAACCGAUAGAAAUUGUUAAUCGAGGGACGGAGGGAAGAAGGAAAGAAAUUAAGGAUAUGCCUGGAUUGGAUACUAGCAUAGUGGAGCAUAAAUUGCCCUUAAAACCCGAUUCUUCUCCGUGCCAAAAAAAGGAUGGCAAAGUACAAAUGUGUGUCGAUUAUAGGGACCUUAAUAAAGCUAGUCCUAAAGAUGAUUUCCCGUUACCUCACAUCGAUAUUUUGGUUGGUAAUACGGCUCGCCAUUCACUCUUCUCCUUUAUGGAUGGUUUCUCUGGAUAUAAUCAAAUUAAGAUGGCAGCUGAAGAUAUGGAAAAAACGACUUUCAUCACUCCUUGGGGAACAUUUUGUUACAAAGUAAUGCCUUUUGGUCUGAAGAACGCUGGAGCGACCUACCAAAGAGCUAUGGUAACCCUAUUCCAUGACAUGAUUCAUAAAGAGGUCGAAGUUUAUGUAGACGACAUGAUCGCUAAGUCACAAACAGAAGAAGAACAUAUUAUUGAUCUAAAGAAACUCUUCAAAAGACUUAGAAAGUUUAAGCUAAAGCUCAACCCCUCCAAAUGCACUUUUGGGGUGAGAUCGGGCAAAGUAUUGGGAUUUGUAUUUAGUCAGAGAGGAAUAGAGGUUGAUCCCGAUAAGAUUCGAGCCAUUGCAGAAAUGCCUCCCCCGAGUACAGAAAAAGAAGUUCGCGGUUUUCUUGGGAGACUUUCUCUAGGUAUAAUCAAAUUAAGAUGGCAGCUGAAGAUAUGGAAAAAACGACUUUCACCACUCCUUGGGGAACGUUUUGUUACAAAGUAA